CAGAGAUUUAGUGUGUGUGUUACCACAUGUGACAGUUAUAGGAAUAACUGUUAAUUGCAUUUUGUUGAAACUGUAAUUGUGUCUCUGCAGCUGUAAAGAUUGUGAUUGUGUUAUGACUGUUGGACUGUUCAUUUAAACAGAUCUGAGUGUGUGUGCUAACAGGAAUAGAAGCUCUUGACUCUAGAUGGCCUCUCAACACUUAAAAUGAACAUAAAGCAGGCAGAUGACCAAAGCAAAUUCAUGCAGUUCCAGUUACAUAAGAGAAAGUGUUGAAUUAAUUUGAUAUCUUUUAACUGAAAAACAAAACAGUGCAGUGCAUCUGAAUGUCUUUGCUCAUCUCUUUUUACUUAGUCAAAUUAAAUGUGCAUUACAUAUGCAGCUUUUAUAGUGAUUAUGAUCCGUAUUUAGCCCAAAGGCUUUUUGUACAUGUGUGUUUGUGUGUGUGUGAGUGUGUCAUUCCUGCUGAGAGGCUUAUGUAUAGUGUUAAAGUGGAUGACGCAGGAAGCUUUGAGCCACCUGCUCUCUGUCAUUGCAACAAUGUCGCCAAACCAUUUGGACAACGCCGCAAAAACAGCCUUUUUGACAAAGCGUUAGAACUGUUCGACAGUGGGACAAUGGAUAAUUGUGUUCAUAUCAGCAGAAUAACACACUUGGAUUGGAAUUCGUGCUGAUCAGGACGGAUACAUCUACCAUCAUUAACUCAACCUUAGAAACAUCAUUUUUUCGGUGGACCGAUUGUGUCUUGUCUUGUUCACGUAAAUGGUUGUAUUCAUGGACAUUCAAACACAUGUCAAUAUGUGAUUAAAAACAGGACUGGCAUGUCAGAAUGUUGCUCCAGGGCUCUGAGAUGGUGUCUGCAGCAGAAGAGCGAUUGGGGCCAAUGCGCCUGACCCAGGAGCCCAUUCAGGUGUUACUGGUCUUCGCUAAAGAGGACAGUCAGAGCGAUGCGUUCUGGUGGGCGUGUGAGCGGGCGGGGUUCAGGUGUAACAUCGCACGAACACCUGAGUCUGCGGUGGAGUGUUUCUUGGACAAACACCACGAGAUCGUCAUCAUUGAUGGCCGGCACUCACGGUACUUUGAGGCUGAUGCCGUCUGCCGGAUGAUUCGAGCGACCAAGCCUUCUGAACACACUGUUAUUUCAGCAGUGAUGCCACAGAUUCCCUCAGAUCAGGAGGAACCAUCUGUUCUUCCUCUUCUCUCUGCUGGCUUCUCCAGAAGGUACCUGGAGAACAGCAGUGUGUCAGCUUGCUAUAAUGAGUUAAUCCAGUUAGAACACGGAGAGGUUCGAGCUCAGUUCAAACUGAGGGCUUGUAACUCUGUGUUUACUGCAUUAGAACAUUGUCAGGAAGCCGUGGAGAUCAGCAGUGAAGAUCAUGUCAUACAAUAUGUAAAUCCAGCAUUUGAAAAGAUGAUGGGCUAUCAUAGAGGCGAACUGAUUGGUAAAGAGUUGACCGAACUGCCCAAGAGUGACAAGAACAGCGCCGACCUGCUGGACACCAUCAACACCUGCAUCAAGAAAGGAAAGGAAUGGCAGGGGAUCUAUUUCUCACGGAGGAAGUCAGGGGACAGUAUUCAGCAAUAUGUCAGAAUCACUCCUGUGAUUGGCCAGGGAGGAAAAAUUCGCCAUUUUGUGUCCAUCAAGAGGCCUUACAGUGACAACCACAGACAGGUUCAUAAGUUGAGCAAAGAAGAGAAAAGCUGUGGUGAACACUCACAAUCAGAAUGCAAUUCCUUGCGUCACAAGGACCGGAGGAAAGAGUCUGUGGACGUCAGAUCCAUCAGCUCUCACAGUAGCGAUGCUCCCAGUCUACAGAACCGCAGAUAUUCUUCUAUGGCCAGAAUCCACUCCAUGACUAUUGAAGCUCCAAUCACUAAGGUGAUAAAUAUCAUUAACGCAGCGCAGGAGAGCAGUCCUGUGACAGUAGCGGAAGCUCUGGAUCGUGUUCUGGAGAUUCUGAGGACCACCGAACUCUACUCACCCCAACUGGCCUCAAAAGAGGACGAUCCCCACACCAAUGACCUGGUGGGGGGGCUUAUGAGUGACGGACUCAGAAGGCUCUCUGGGAAUGAGUAUGUCUUCUCCAAAAGUGCAUUGCACAAUAUGAGUCAGAGUCAGCUGGCAGUGCCUGUCCCGUUAAACGACAUCCCGUCCUCCAUCGCAGAGCUGCUCAACGAGGAGGAAUGCUGGGAAUUCAAUAUUCUGGAGCUGGAGGCAGCUACUCACAAGAGGCCGCUGUCAUACCUAGGGAUGAAGAUCUUCUCUGCUUUUGGUGUGUGUGAGUUCCUGAACUGCACAGAGGCCACGAUGCGCUCGUGGCUGCAGGUGAUCGAGGCUAAUUACCACGCAUCCAACUCCUACCACAACUCAACACACGCCGCAGACGUCCUGCACGCCACAGCCUACUUCCUGCGCAAGGACAGAGUCAAGGGCAGUCUUGACCAGUUGGAUGAAGUAGCGGCGCUGUUGGCAGCAACCGUCCAUGACGUUGACCACCCGGGCCGCACCAAUUCAUUCCUGUGCAAUGCAGGCAGUGAUCUGGCCAUUCUGUACAACGACACGGCCGUCCUGGAGAGUCACCACGCCGCUCUAGCGUUCCAGCUUACUGUACGAGACAGCAAGUGCAACAUCUUCAAAAACAUGGAAAGGACUCAGUUUCGAACCCUACGGCAGGCCAUAAUAGACAUGGUGCUGGCGACAGAAAUGACGCGACACUUUGAACACGUCAACAAGUUCGUAAACAGCAUCAACAAACCCAUGAGUGCCAUUGAGGAGACGAGCUCCAGUAGUGAAGGCAGUGAUUGUGAGGGUCAGGCCAGUAUUCGCAACUCUCCUGAGAAUCGUCUGUUAAUUAAACGGAUGUUGAUUAAAUGUGCUGAUGUGGCCAAUCCCUGCAGACCUCUGGAGCUCUGCAUCGAAUGGGCUGGUCGCAUUUCAGAGGAGUACUUUGCUCAGACUGACGAGGAGAAGAGACAAGGUUUGCCGGUUGUCAUGCCAGUGUUUGACCGGAAUACCUGCAGCAUUCCUAAAUCCCAGAUCUCAUUUAUCGACUAUUUCAUCACGGACAUGUUUGAUGCCUGGGAUGCCUUUGCCAGUUUGCCAGGUCUUAUGGAGAAUUUGGCAGAGAACUACAAAUACUGGAAGAACUUGGAUGAGAUGAAAUGUAAAAGCUUACGGCCUCCGCCUUCUCAGUGACCCUCAUAACUCUUUUACCAUCGAGGUCAAAGGUCAGAGGUUACGCCAUGAAUGUAGCAUCUCUGCCCGGCCUCCAAAUUUCCGUCCAUUGAACAUAGAUCAGCAGCCCUGUUUCCCUGACGACGCUCCACCCCUAGUGACAAUCGUCCGGUAACAAGGGUAAAACAGACAAAUGACAAAACGAAUGCACUUUAUCAGCAUGCAGUCCUCUUCCAGCAUCUUUUCACUUUCUUCUCUUCUCUUUUAAAAUCCAUCUGUUCAACCAGAUGUUUUUAAUGAUUUCUGGACAGUGAUUUUUUUUUGUAAUGUCUGACACAAGAAAACAAAGACUGAUCUUAGUCCAGUAGAGGACUGUAUAUACUAUAUUCACUCAAAUAUGGAACUGAAACGUGAAUGAUCAGAGAGGUCUAGCUCAGUAGCUCAGUCUCACUGAUACUCUGCUUCCAAAUUUGGAUCUAUGCUUCCACUUGUCUGUUAAUGUUACAUGUGCACAUUUACAGACAAGUGGAAUCAUGGAUCCAAAUGCCAAAAGGGCUUUAUUUGGAAGCAGAGUGUCACUGAGACUGAACUACUUAGGAAACCAGAAAGGACCCAGUAGCGAGCCCUGAGGCAUGCCUCAUUUUCCCCAAUAUUGAUUUGUUUAAAUGCAACACAGAUAUUUUAACACAAUAUUGUUGACAUAAGCAAAUGUCAAGUUGCCAAAACAGAAGAAAUGAAGACACGCUUGUAUUCGGAUGAUGAAACUGUAUUGACCAGCACUGAACGCGAUUCAGUCUGUGAGAAUGUAAAAACUGCGACGAAUCAGCCCAUUGUGGGCCGUCAUUAUUCCGGCACUUUCUGUAUCAGAACGACUCAAGCCUUUUCUCAGACUCCAAGGACUGGUGUGUAAUAAUCAAUAAUUUUGAUAUAAAUAGCCAAUAAUAACAAAGAAUAUAUUUCUCAGAAACACUGUAUAUCCAGACACAUACUGUAAUAACGUGAAGCUUUAUGAUGAGUGUGAGCAAAAGUGUGUUUUUGUUACAAUGUGCUUAGUGAUGAAUGUAUUAGCAUAAUUUUUACAUUUUACACAUGACAGUUAACAUUCCUACUUCCCGCAACAGUCCGUAUGGAUGCAACAUUCCCUAAUCUUCAGUUAUACUGUGUGUAAAGUCCAGCACAGCCUCAUUAAGACCACCAACACAGUGAUGUUUGCUCAUGCUGAUAGGUGGGAUCGCACAUAGUUUAAGUGUUACACCAUUUUUACAUAUUAUUUAUUUACAAAUGAGCUCGUCUGUAUAUCGCUGUUAGAAUCUUUUUCCGUAGACACGCAUCGCAGACGAGCUUCAAACGCUCAACUUUUGUAGGCCAAAAACCAGCGCCAAAGGUGCGUUUAUAAUCAAACACAAUGAUAUGUUUUAAACAGAUGUUUGACUAAAUCCAUUUCAACUGGAAAAAAAACUAGUUUAGAUUUCUUGAAAUCUUUCACACAAGACAUUUUUUAAAAACUCAAAUGUUUUUCUUAAACAUAGCUAUUGGUGUCAUUUGUUAUUUGCGCACCUCAUUUUUACCGGGUUACAUUUGGACACGUAGCUGAAUUGCAUUGAUCACAAAAACAGGCUUAGUAGGAAUUUAUUAAAUGUUUAUAUUCGGUCGACAUUCGGCCUUUUACCCUUUAUGCAUUGUCAGAAAGGAGCUCUUGAGAUCCUCAUCUUCACAGCGAGUGUUCUAGAACACCAGCACGACACCACAGAGAGUUCUAGCACGUUCUGCACGUGUUCUAAAUGCGAUGACAACCUGUUCCUGCACGCAUCACAAAGGCAGAUGAUUCCACAAUGCCCUUGUAAGAUGGCAGCGGUUGUUUUUGUUGUUUUUGGGUUGGCAGUGCAUCACAGCGAGUGUUUUUAGGUGCUCCAGACAGCAUUGUGUGGUUAAAGGUAUGCGGUGCACAUUCAGCAGCUCACAGGGUUUUGAUUUUUCCCCUUUCCUGUUUUCUCAUCAUUCCUGAUUCUAUCUGUUUCCCUCCCUUUUUUCUUUUUUUCUUUAAUGUGGUCACAAGGGUAGAACAGUGGUUUUGGUAGCCUGUAUAUGUGAUGUAUUACACAUACAGGGUUCAAAAGUAUAUGUAAUGUAUUAUAUAAAGUAUUCUUAAUGCAUUAUAAAAUUAGGAUCAGUGGGUAUCAUCUAAUAUUAAGAAAUCAUCAGUAUUGGUCUAAAUCAGACAAUAUUUGUAGCAAAUAAUAUCAGGGAUUCCUUUGUGAAUUUUUUUAUAUGAUAUAAAUAUUCCUGUGUAGCCAUUAUGGUUUAACACAUGAAACUGGUUUAUGAUUAAGGUGUUAUGCUAUUUAAUAAUUUUAUAAUUAAUUAAUUAAAAAUCACUGUAAUGUAUUGCAAAUAUGGUACAUAAAACUGAUGUACCAUAAUGUAUGCAAGUACAUAAAACUGAUUAAUAAUAUAAAUGCAUUAAGAAUUUCUUUAUAAUAUACUAUAAUAUAUAAUAUACUAUCAUGCUUAAUAGAAAUUAUACUGGUUCUUUGUGACCCAUUUUUUGCCAUUUAUUUGGAGCUCUACAGCAGUACAAAUUAUGGCAGAUGCUCAAGUCGCCCUCUAGUGGUAAAUCUAGAAAUCCACACACAUGAUUGAACUCAAUUGAUGCCGUUAUAUAGUUAUUUUACAUAAUUAUGAAAUAACAAGUAUCAAAGAACUUGUGUUUGUUUGUCUCUUAUGAUCAUUUUUUAGAGCAGUAUAACCAUGUUACCUAAAGUAAUCAAGAACAGUGCAACAAACAAAUCCUUAGACACACUUAUAUGUAUAAUUCAUUUCACAAUAUUACUUAUUUUAUUAUAUUUUAUCAAAUAAAUGCAGCCUUGCUGAGCAUAAGACACUUUAAAAGUAUUUGAAAAAAUCAUAAACAUAAUUUUUUUUGAAACCUUUUAAAAAUAGUGUAUUUAUAAAUGUCUGUACAAACAGAAUUUUUUAAAGUUGAUUUGAUUUAUUUUUACGCAUAUGUUCUAUUAUAAAGUUUUAACGACUACAAUUAUUAUAAAAUAUGAAAAAUAGUCAUAAUAAAGAAUAAGUAGGUGUGUCCAAACGUUAAAUGUGCCCUUCAUGGAGAGGAUGUGCUCUCAUUUAGCUCUUAUUGUAGUGGUUCGCUGUACAUCACUGCCAGUUUUGACAUCCUGUAGAGCAUAAUGAAAUGAGUUUCCAUUCUACAUUCCGGUUCAUCGCGUGACUGUAUUGACUGAACAAAGGCACAGUAACCUGUAACGAUGAACAAACACCAGUGGAGAUUCAACUCCUCUCAGACCAGUCUGGAUUUAGUCUGAUUCUGGCUUUGGAGCCGACCGAGAUAAAGCCAUAGAUCAUUCUAGAACUAAUCAUGGAAGUGCAGGUCAGAAGAUGAUGUAUCUAUUCUCUCUUUUCCUGUCCUCCACCCUGCUCAUCCUCUUUCUUCCUGUCUGUCUGUGUUUGAAAAAGCUCCUGUAUUAUCCUGCUUCACAAGCAAACAUUAUAUACUGCAUAUUGCAUUCUAACACACAGGGUUUCUAGGUCAUUUAAAGUACAAUGUAAUCAGGCAAAAUCCUUUUUAAGCUCUGAUGUUUUCAUUAUGAAUUUACGUGGACUCUUUUACAGAUAUAUAUAUAUAUAUAUAUAUAUAGAGCGAGAGAGAAUAUUCAGGUUCAUGCCUUAAUCUCUAUUAUAAAACGCUCCUCGUUCACUUGUCAACACUGAUGAUGAGAUUCAUCAUAAACCUGAUUUGAAGUACAGAGUGACUGUACAGUGUGAUUGUUUUAUUCCAAAGGCCCACUGUAAUAUUGACAUGCUGAUUAGUGGUUGUUCUGGUGCUCGUUGGUUUUGUUUGUUGUUGAAUGUUUAGUGAUGAACAUGUGCUUAAAAGAACAGUCUGGCUUCAAAGUAUUUGGAGCAUGAUGUUGAUUACCAUAGAAAAUCAUUUUGACUCGUCCCUCUUUUGUUUUUUGUUUUUAUUUAGAAAUUAUUAAAAUCAGAAAUGUAAAGCUUAUAUUUAUAUAAAACAUGUAUAAUAAGUAAUUGAAGGAUAAAGAAUUAGUUCUAUCGCAUAAUAGCAAUAUAAAGGACAGUUUUCACAUUUACACAUUUGAAUAUUUGUGUGGACUUCAUUUAAGCAUUACUGAUGUUAUGCUUGCAUUUAAUGUCUGGCCUCAUAUUUUUGCUUUCAAAAAAAAUGUGUUGUUUUUUUACAGUAAUGAAAAAAGAGAGAUAAAUCUGAGUUAUUUUUUAUUUGAAGUCAGUAUGUUGCCAUAAAUGCUGUCGAGAGCCAGAAUAUUUCAUUGGAGAUGGUUAGUGUAUCUUAUAGUUUCACCCAUUAGGUUCAUUUCUUAUUUCAGAUUUAAAUUGACUUGCUAUCUUCAGUGUAACGGUGGCAGAAUCGCUCAGGCUCAUGGGAAGCGCUCAUGCUCCAUCCAUUAUCUGUACAUUAUUUGUUAUGAAACAACUUUUCAACUACCUAAAGUAUUAACAAUCCUUUGUGUAAUAACUCAAUACUGAUCAGCCCAUAGUCAAAUUUGAAUGUUUGUCAAUCUUUUUGAAGUGUCAUCCAUCACGCAUCACCCUCAUGAUCAAAGGGCUCUCUAUUAGCAUACCAUGUUGACCUCAAAAUGACAUCAUAACCAGGGGCGGGGCUUGAGACAGCCUGUUCGAUUAGCGAGCGUGAACUGAACCGCUGAGUGCAGGAUUUGUGCCAAUUACUGUAUUUCUAAAGUACGGGGAAUGAACACUAGCAUCAUCCCUUGCACAAAUGUAUAUAAACUAUUUUUUAUUAAACAAAUACAUCACUGAAAGAAAAAUUGGUCACCUGCCAUUUAACAGGUUUGUUUCUUUCUUCGAAGGGUUUUAUUUUAUUGUAUUGUCAGUUGUACAAAAAAAAAUUAUUCAAUGUUGCAUAAAAUGUCUGUUUGCUUCGUUCA